UGCCGAAAGACGCACACGAAUGCUUUACUUACUGUACCUUCCCACAUUCCACGCCCUUCUCUAGAAAUAAACCCCACCCUUCACCGGUAGUUGCGCUUGCCUGUCUUGCCUUUUGCUCCCACCACAGGGCAGGUACGCAGUUACGCACCCACGGCAUGCUUACCUAUAGGCACCCCCAGCGGCUCCUUCUGCGGCAUCUAAGCGGCACUGCAGCAUUAUCAGCCGCACCUUCCACAUUCCGGACCAAUUUAUCUGUCCCAGUCCCUCCUUCCCCUCUCUCGAAAGAUGUCCGACCCUGGAAUUUAUUACUCCGAAACCCACGGAAUCCAUUGACCGGAUUUUCCGCACCACACCAGAGCACACACCACUUACUUCACUCACAUCAUACUACACCGAACCACACCGUUGGUCAAUUUCCCACCUCCAUCUCCAUCGGCUCACGACCCCAUCCCGAACAGAUUGCCGGUCCGGCUGUCUCGAGUCUUGCGCUUUCAACCUCCGUGUGGCUCUUAUCCCACAUCCACGGAGACUGACUGACUCGUUCACUCCUUUGCCGUCACUCUACACACACCGCAUCCCAACCUCAUCUCACCUCGAACAAGGUCCGCCUGGACUCAUCUUCCAUCCCUCUCCUGGUCCAAUUUCAUCAAGUCAAUCGCUAGACUUUCCUGCCCUGUCCUUGCCUUCGGCACUUCCGCAUGACGUGACGCCCGGCGCUCGGCCUCAGUGGACCAGACUUUUCCGUCCGGUAACAGUCCGGACACGCAAUGAGCUCUCUGGCUGCCAUCAUGGCACCCAGUGAGCCAGUCUCAUCAACCUCGCUGCCGGCGUCGCGACCGCAGACGCAAUCGCAGACGCAAUCGCAGCCUCAAACACAAGCUCAACCUCAACCCCAACAACGACCGCAGUCACAACCUCAAUCACAGCAGCGCCCCAUGUUGCAGCCUCAUUCCCAAUCUCGACCUCAAGCACACCCUCAACCCCAACUUCGAUCCCAUUCGCAGGUCCAAUCGCAACAGCAACAGCCACCACGGUCACCGGCGCCACCACAGUCACAAACCCAGUCAAACUCUCGACCUCAAUUACAGUCGGCGUCCUCGGCGUCCUCGACGUCCCAGGCACAGACCCAUUCUCUGACCCAGACCCAGACUCAGAGCCAGCCGCAGUCCCAAACACAGACCCCGACACAAAAUCAAAACCAGAAUCCUACCCCACCUCUCGCUCAGACUCGGACCUUAAGAUCUACAGUUGCCGCAGCAGCAGCAGCCAGUAGUAAAGAAGCCACGCCGACGCUACAGGGCGGUGUCAUUGAAGUAAAGAAAAAGGUUGAAGAAGCCGAGGAGGAUGAAGAGGAUGGUGAUCCAGACGGUGACGACAGUCUAGAGGGCGAAGAAGGUGAUGAAGAGGGUCUCGAAGAGGAGGAGGAUGAGGAAGACGAAGAAGAUGACGAGGACGACGAUAUUGACAAUUUCACCACAUCCGAGAUCGUGACUGUUUUUGUCGGACAUAAGCGCAAGCGAUUUUUCCUCCAUCGCGGCCUGAUCUGCGAUCGGUCUCCAUUUAUGGAAAAAUGCCUCAAGAAAGACCGCUUCGAUGAGGGCUACAAGAAUGAAGUCUAUCUCUCCGAGGACGACCCAAAAGCCUUCUCUAUCAUUGUGGACUGGAUUUACCGGAGCAAAAUCCCACAACGCACCGACCCGGCCUUUGAUGUGUGCGACAUGUCCGCUGCCUAUGGCAUGGCCGACAAAUUCGGCAUGGAGGAAUUGCAGAACACUAUCAUGGAUCAUGUGCGCAUGAGUCUUGGGAGGAGAGAAGGAGAAAUGUGCAAGACGCCCCAUUUCGCUGCUCUCGCUCUCACCCAUUCUAGUGGGCCUCCUAAGAGUCCAUUGAAGCGCUUCCUCGUCGAACACAUGGUCUUCCACAUGAUGAAGCAUCCCAAAUUCUACCAGGAUCUUCGGAGGAACGAGGCCGCCAAAAACGCUGUCGAGGAUCUUUUCAAGAUUCCCGAUCUGGUCUGCUAUAUCAUGAGGAAAAUUUGGCAGUAUCAGACCGAGAACUGGAAAGACCCGGCCAUCGUCAUGCCCGACCGAUGUUGUUAUCAUGUUCAUUCGACCACGGCAUGCCAUGCGAAGCAGGCCGCUGUGGCCGCCAAACAGACCCGGCAUUCUGGCCUAGGAGGAUUGGGAAUGUCAGCAGGCUCCGCGGCUGGAUUGCACGGUCACACCGUCAGACCUGGUCAAGGGUGGCCUGGCGCUUCACUGGGAGGGGUCUGGCACCCUGGUGUUGGCUGGUAGGAACAAAACCAUCACCUUGAUGCUGUAGUCCACACCUACCGCCAUUCCAUUCCAGAUCCUACGGUCUUUCAAUCUCUAGUCAGCGAACGGCGCAACGGAAUUCAACAAGGGCUUUGUCGUCCUGAAACUUUCAAGUUGGUUUGUUUAGAUACUGUGUUGCCAUGUUCAAUGUUUGGUCUCGACAUGAUUGAUACGAUCACACAGGGCGUUUCGAGGAUUAUGUUUCAGGCCAAGUUCAUUUUUCACUUGAAUUGAUUGGCUUUCACGUAGUGUCUAUCGAGCGUCUAGACAGACAGAUAAAUAGGUAGACACAUACAGAGACUUUAUGAUAUUGAUA